AUGUCAGGUCUCACACCUUAUGCGAAGAAGCAUAAGGUGACCAUCAUUGGCUCUGGUAAUUGGGGUUCUACCAUAGCUAAGAUGGUCGCUGAGAGCACCGCGGAACAUUCCGACCUUUUCGAACGAGACGUGCAGAUGUGGGUGUAUGAGGAAGAUGUCCAACUCGAUGAGAAAUCCAAGCAUUACAAAAAAUCUUCAGAGACCAGCCAAGGACCUCAGAAGCUCACCCAUAUCAUAAACACCUUUCACGAAAACGUCAAAUACCUUCCUGGAAUAGCCCUACCUCACAACGUCAUUGCCAACCCGUCCCUCACUGAUUCCGUAAAAGAUUCCUCAAUUCUCAUCUUCAACCUACCCCAUCAAUUCAUCCUCGGCUUAUGCAAACAACUCAGAGGACAUAUUCUACCCUAUGCUCGAGGUAUUUCUUGUAUCAAGGGUGUCAAUGUUCACGAAUCUUCGAUAGGUCUAUUCUCCGAGACCAUUGGUGAAGAGCUAGGAAUAUAUUGCGGUGCUCUUUCUGGGGCUAACAUUGCAAGUGAAGUUGCUCAGGAGAAGUUCUCAGAAACCACUGUUGCAUAUGACCCACCACCGAUUGACUCGCAAGCCCCAACCCCCGCAACAUCGCAGGGACCAAGUCCAGUCUCUAGUCACGUCGAUCUUACCCAGCUCGCACACAAAGAUGUCACUGGCAGACCUUCCAAGGUCAAACUGCGACCGCUUCCCCAAGAGUACCAAGCCAUUGAUCACACCACUAUCAAAAAGCUUUUCCACCGACGCUAUUUCCACGUGCGUGUGGUUUCGGAUGUUGCAGGCGUAUCUCUUGGUGGAGCUUUGAAGAACGUCGUGGCAGUUGCUGCAGGUUGGGUUGAUGGUCUUGGUUGGGGUGAUAAUGCGAAAGCAGCCAUCAUGAGAGUUGGUCUGCUUGAAAUGAGAGAAUUCGGAAACCGAUUCUUCCCUCACACUGUCAAUCCCGAUACUUUCACUGUCGAAUCCGCAGGUGUGGCAGAUCUCAUCACGACUUGCUCAGGUGGAAGAAAUCAUCGAUGCGCCAUGCUGAGUAUUCGAGAAGGAAAAUCAAUCGAAGAGAUCGAAGCCAGAGAAUUGAAUGGGCAAAAGCUUCAAGGCGCUAUGACCGCCCAUGAAGUAAACACGUUCCUCAAGAGCCAGAAGGCCGAAAAGGAUUUCCCUCUUUUGACUGCCGUCCACAACAUUCUCAAAGGCAAUGGCAAGGCAGAGGAUUUACCUGACUUAAUUGAACCAAGCGAGUGA